CAACAAUAGCGUGCCGGAGUACGCCCGUCUAAUGGUCGAAUGCGACGGGUAAGGGAAUGUGAAACCUCGGCCGUUUGUAAGGGAGAUCAAGAGAGAAGACUUCGCGCUAAAGUUGUUCGCUUUCGACCCCGGUUUUUUUGUUCCGUCGCCGAGGUGUUGCGCUUUCCUCGUGUAAAACAGUUGGAGACGCUCCCUGGCCGGGACCGUUUGAGAGCGUUCAUCAGCCAGAGUUUUGCGCCUAAGUGUGCCAAAGACGCGAUCUACAAAUCAUUUUAUUUAUAUUUUUACCUAAAAGAUGAAUGAGAAAUCAAUCCCCGCGUGAAGCUUUGACUCCCAACACACUGUGGGCGUGCGUAAAAGUCGCGCAAAAGUACGUAAAAUGACGGAAUGUCCCCAUCGUCAGAGCGCACUUGCAUCAAACAGCCACAUUAAUACUUGGGGAAACUGAGGGGUAAUAGUUGGUCAGCAGAUGAACUUCCUCGUUUCAAUCAGCCGACAGUCAGCAACAGCAGUGCCCUGAGACACGUCAACAUGCCGUCGCUCGUAGACGCGCUUGAAUCCGGACUGGACUUCAUUGAAUUUCUGGGCGACAGAAUAUCCAACACCAGCAGAAAGGAACUGCGAGACAUCUACAACUCCGAGUUUAGGGGCAGAGAAGGAAUAAAAGACCCCAGGUUUUCCAGCGUCAUCAAUGCUCUCUUGAAAUUCAAAAAAGCCCACAUAAGACAUGGGAGAGUCUACAUACAUGUCAAACCCCUGGUUCGAGUGUACUGUGACCAAUGGAGGAGGCCCCGGGCCCCUCAGCCACACCCUCCCAGCUCUGGCCCUCAGAAAACAGCCGAGACACCUGCACCCACCUCCGGCCCUUCGAUCCCCGUGCUGACCCCCAAGAAGAAGCUGGCCACAGAAAUCCUUAACAAGUUAAAGGUGGAAAAGAAAAAGCUGACGGCCGACAAGGGGGGCAUUGAGAUCACCUCAGACCCCGUGGCGAGUGGCGGAAAGGUUCAGUUCACUGUGUAUCGCCUGAGAGAGUUGUUCGUCGUCAGGUUCCACAUUGUAAACAAGGGCACAAACUGCAUCCACUUCACCUACUACACUGCCCUGCACAGGAUACACUGUUUCACUCUGGAGGAUGAGAGGAGAGUGACAAGAGCCUGUCCCCUGUUCCUCUGCCCUGGAGAAAGCUAUGAAGUUGUGGUUCGUUACGUGCUGAAUCAUUAUGGACAUUUCCCUGCCACCAUGUACUUUGAGUUCUGCCCAGAUCUUCCCGGAUCUGUGCCCUUCUGCAUCGUGAGGGAGAUGGAGGCUGUUGCCAGGACCCCACUGGCUGUGAAGCUGGGGCCUGUGGCUCCUUACAAACCAUUUCAGGUGGUCACACACAAGUCAGUCGAAACUGUGAUAGUGGAGGGAGUGCCUCCCGAAAAUUUUGUUGUGCAGCAUCUAAAGACAACAGUGAAAUUAGGAGACUACAAGUACCUUCAUUACCUCAAGGAACUGGCUAAACAAAGGAUGGAGGACACCGAGUACCUCUCUUCAGCUACCAGGCAGAAACUUCCAUCAGUGAAGAGCCUCCUCGAGUGUCCCCUAAGGAUGAAGAACUACUCUCAUCGAUUUCACCUCCUGCUACACCUGGAAGAGAUACAGAUGGAGGUGGACAUCAGGAAGUACGACCUCCACAAUCAAACCAUGACUCAAGACAAAAGCAACCAGAAACUGCUCACACUCAGAGUUCCUGGUGUUGCUGAGAAUCGUCCAUCUGUACUUCGAGGAGACUCUCUGAGGGUGUCCAAAUCUGAGGACAAGGCCGAGCCUAUCACUCUGUACACCGGAUAUGUUCACAGGGUGGAGCUGGAUAGUGUUAAACUGGGCUUCUCAAAGAGGUUGUUGGAGGCAUUUAUCAGCAAUAUGAAGUUCAAUGUGGAGUUUACUAUCAACCGGUUCCCGCUGAAGCUGCAGCAUCGGGCGGUGGACUUAGCAACAAAACAUCAGCUCGGAGAGGUGCUGUUCCCAUCCGGUGCAGCAGUGACUAAUCUGUCCAUGCCUGAACUCAGGAUGUUUAACCGUGAGCUGGACAACAACCCAGAGCAACAAGCUGCAGUCCAGCGCAUUGUCGCUGGUUCAUGUAAACCAGCUCCUCAUCUUGUGUUUGGACCUCCUGGAACGGGAAAGACAAUCACUCUGGUUGAAGCUAUGCAUCAGGUCAACAGGGCAGAUCCAUCAGCCCACAUCCUCGCCUGUGCACCUUCAAACAGUGCAUGUGACUUGCUCUGUGAGAGACUGAUGGUACACAUGGAUCCUCAUCAGGUUUAUCGUGUGUACGCCAGCAGCCGAGACCCAAGCAGUGUCCCGAAGCAGCUACGGAAAUAUUGUAACUGGGAUGAGAAACAAGAUGGCUUUGUAUUUCCAGAGAAAGAAAUUCUGAUGAAAUACACACUCAUAGUCACAACUAUGGUCACAGCCGGCAGACUUGUGUCUGGAGGAAUCCCAGUUGGCCAUUUUACUCAUGUGUUUGUGGACGAAGGAGGCCAGGCAGAGGAGCCGGAGUGCGUCAUUGCUAUUGCAGGUCUGCUCAGUCCAGAGGAGGGUCAGUUGGUGCUGGCAGGAGAUCCCAAGCAGCUCGGACCGAUCAUUCGAUCUCCUCUUGCAUUGCAGUACGGACUCGGGCUUUCUCUGCUAGAGAGGCUGAUGAGACAUAGCGCUUUAUAUCAGAAAAGUGCAGACUCCGGACACUUUGACACCCGCUUUGUCACCAAACUGCUGCGAAACUACAGGUCUCAUGCUGCCAUUCUGAAAAUCCCCAACGAGCUAUUCUAUGAGAAUGAACUGCAGGUGUUUGCUGACCAGUGGGACCGUGAGUCCUACUGCAACUGGGAAUACCUCCCCAAAAAGGGUUUCCCAGUGAUCUUCCACGGGGUGAUGGGGAAAGACGAGAGAGAGGCCAACAGUCCGUCCUUCUUCAAUGUGUCCGAGAUUGAGGUUCUGGUCGACUACCUCACCAAGCUAAUGGACACACAAGGAAAGAAGGGUCUCCCCAAACUCUCUGCAAAAGACAUAGGCAUAAUUGCCCCCUACAGGAAACAAGUUGAGAAAAUCCAAAAAGCCCUGAAGUCUGUCUCAGCACUGAGUCGAUGGAUUGAUCUCAAAGAGCUCAAGGUGGGAUCUGUGGAGGAGUUUCAGGGACAAGAGAGGAAGAUCAUCAUGAUUUCUACUGUCCGCAGCAGCAUCAACUAUGUCAAGAUGGACAAAGACUUCAGCAUUGGUUUCUUGUCAAAUGAAAAGAGGUUCAAUGUGGCCGUGACAAGAGCCAGGUCUCUGUUGAUUGUUGUGGGAAACCCUGUGAUCCUCAACAAGGACCCCACCUGGGAGAAGUUCAUCAGCUACUGUCUGGAGGAGAAGGGUUACACAGGAUUUGACUUCAAAGAUGCAGAAGGCGAAGAUGAUGUUGUGUCGAGACUCGCAAACCUUAAAAUCAGUAUGGAUUCUGAAGGUCCUGUCACAGAGGAGAGCGCCCUCCAGCAGUAUGUGGACCCAGAAUGGAAAAAUGAGCAAUAGCCAACCAACAUAAAACUAUUUCCAGUGACAUCGUCAAAAGACAAAUUAUUUCAUUCUUCCUCUCUUUGAGCUUUCAACACAGCAUCGGCAUCUAUUAUUUAAGAAUAUAUCCUUUUUAUGAACCUUUCUAAGAGCAAUUUGCAUAUUUUGGUGCAAUAAACUGCUGUUUUCAACAACAAUCCCACAGUGAACCAGCGCAUCUUUGUUUUUUUAUUUCUCACUUUGUCUCUUCGGUGUCUUUAAAUAUUGAACAUUAUUAUUUCAUUUUUGGGGUUAGUAAACAAAGAGCAGACUCUCUCAGGAAUUCAUCACCAUUCGUCUUACCGCUGUUUGCACUGAACAAUUGAGUCCCCUUAACUGAUUUGUUUCCUCUCUGAUAGCAGUUGAAGACUGAAGAAA